GCCAAUGGCGCCCCCAGCGCCAUGCCAGCUGGUCUCUGGCCAGUGCCUCAACAAUAUGACUAUAAUACGCCCGUCUGUUCCAGUUUUCCUAUCCUUUAUUUUUCGUCACCUUGUGCUCACAUCGAAUCACCGAAAGAUCGACCUUGUCCUUGCCCAUCUACUAAACCGAAUACCGACCGUCACGCCCUGGGAUUUCCUUGACUCUUCCUGUACCCUUUUCUCCCUACGGCCAGCUUACGAAUUUAGUCAUGCGCCGUCGGAGAGAAACCAGUGCCAGCUCCCGCACUGCCAUUACUGAAUCAUCCACCACGUCUCCUGGAAUUACCGAUGACGAUAGAUCCGUCGAACCUAACUCGGAGACGGACCUGACGGAACCGGAAUACCUGCCUCCCCCUUCUCAGAAGGUCCAGAAAAAGAAAACACGGCGAGGCCCUACUUUAGGACGCGAGCGCGCGGACUUCGCAGAGUUCAAAGUUUCGGAAACUGAGAAUAUCAUAGAUGUGUCGGCCGUGGAGGUGGUUCAUCAGGGCCGUUACGAAGAUCCAGCUGAUGAUACAGAUGAGGAUCUGUCUAAGGUGCCGGAGGAUUAUGGCAAAUCGAAUAAUACCCGGAAACUGAACCUUCGACUAGAGGAGCGCUGGGCUCGGUACUGUCGGACUAAAGCAAUCGAGCCGUCAGCCGAUCCGAAGUGGGAAGAUCCAGAGGAGGCCUUACGUCAAGCCUCCCCAAACGACAUCCACCGGUUUCUGAAUUGGUGUCUCAAGCUGAAGUAUGGCUUGGACGGUCGCCGCCUAAAGGGCUACAGAAAAGCUAGUGCCCUUGAAGCGGACUGGAAGUAUUUCCGAGUCUAUUACACCAAAGUGACGAAGCAGGAGAUGAGCAAAGAAAUGGGUGAGGCGGUGCGCACUGUACGUCCUAUUCUUCCUGGAUUCCGUCUUCAUUAGCAUGUCAUUUACCGUGCGGGCAGGGAAUGAGACACUUGAUCGAUAAACGCGGGUUGGACAAACAGCCACGGGCAAAUGUUCCCGUCUAUGUCGAAGACAUGGUGCCGUUCAAUGAGACAAUUCUCCAAACCCAGGAAAGGCGAUUCCAUCUUGGGUUUCAGCGAAUUCUUCUAUGUCUCUACAACACCAUGGGGCUUUUCACUGUCAACCGGAAACAGGCGAUGCUACACCUCCAGUUCAAGCAUUUGCAGAUAAGUCUGCAGCGGGAUCCGCAUGGAGGACCGCCGGUGCCGAUGAUAGAGAUUGAACCCCAGUUUGUGAAAAGUGUUCUCGGAAUGUCAAAGGUCAAUACCUUCACUUUACCCAAAAUUAUCUAUGGUGUAUCGCUUGUUUUCAGCCCACACGUAUUGCUCUUCAGCAUACUGUUCUACGUAAAUGCGUUUGAGGCGCCCCACUUGACUUCGAUGGAGGACCUUCGGAGGCUGUUCAUUGAGGAUGGGCGACAGGAGAUGCCACUUCCCCUGAAAAAGGAGAUGGACAGUUACUAUGUCUUUCCGAAGGUUGACGUCAUCGACGGCGAGCCCCGUAUCUUGUGGGAGACACGCAUGAACGGCUCUACACUGGAUGGGCAGCUUCGGUCAUUCAGUGAAAUACAUGGUUUCCUGAAUCACUUUUUCUCCCACCAGUUCCGUUACGGGGGAGGAGAAUUGCUUGACCAGAGUGGAUUUGUGAGCGAGGCGCAGCGUAACGUGAUCAUGACUCACGCGAGCAGCAGAACCUUCAUCAAGCACUAUCGACUACGACGGCAUACUGGUUUGCAGGAGGUCAUGUGCGGAGUCGAUCCGGAUGAGGAACUUUCGCGAGCUGUGACUCGGAUGAGCCGUUGGAUUGACAAGAGGCGACCCCGAAUUCUAAGCGACGCCGAGAAAGCGUCAGUGGAGAAGGAUCCCGAGUUGCAAUCUGCCAUACAAUGGCACGCUGAGCUGGAGGACCGUUAUGCUCGAUCCAACGAUCCAACAUUGCGGGCCUUGUUGGAACAACAGGAGCGUGGUGUUGAGAACACGCGUCGCCGUCUUCGGGAGAAACGGCGUAAAGAGAUCCGCCGGGAUUUCAGUCGGAAACAAGCGGUUAUUGACAUUGAGAGGCAAUUGACAGGCGGUGCCGUGAAUGACGAGCCUGCCCGGGAGGUGUUACGGAAGGAGUUUGCUAUGCCACCGGAGCAGAUCCUCCUUGUGGAGACAUUUUUCACUUGGCCUACUUCAGACGCGUUGGAAGACGAGUGGUUGAGGCGCAAUAAAGCAGUGGCGGCGGGUACACAGUACUGCAGUUUCCAUGAGGGGGGACCUCUCCGCGGACGGCCAAAACGUCCUGCAUCAGACGAUGCGACUCAAGUCGCAGACCCACUAGCUAAAAAGCAGAAGAUGCAGGAGCGUCCGACUGUGUCGGCAUGGGAGAAGAAGCUUGGUUCCGUCAAGGAAAAGGUGACAGCGGACAAGCCAUCUGCGUGUUUUCAAUGCUUGAAAGAAUACUCUGAUGUUUACGGAGUGAAGAGACACUUUAAGACAUUGCAUCUGAAGGAUCGCAAAUGCAACUUCUGUGAUCUGUCGCUACAGCAUGAGAUGCACUUGCGGAGCCAUGCGCAGGAAGUCCACCGGCUUCGUACGUGAGCGUUUUCCUCGCGCUACUGUGGUGGUCCUCACACUGGCUGAUUGCCAGCAACCUACUACGGAUGCUAAUCAGAUGGUGGAUUCAGAGGCGCUGGUUUCUAAGGACAGUGCGGAAAGAUACAAUCACAAUCAUUAGACG